UCCGGCGCGCUUCCUCCCGAUGUAACCAGCCGCCGCCGCCGCCGCCGCCGCGCGCCCGCCGCCCCUGCCGCCUCCUCCUCCUCCGCCGCCGCCCCGGGACGCCCCCGGCCCGCGCCCAGCCGCGAUCGCCCCUCGCCGCGCCCGCCGCCCCUCCGCCGCCGGCCAUGGCUGAAUGGGCCCCUGCCCAGAUCCAGGAAUGGAACGUCGAGGCCCAACACCUGAUGCCCCUCCAGCCCCCGCUGGUCCCUGAGCUGAGCCACAUGCGAGAAGCGCAGCUGCACACGGCCGAGGCCUCCCUCUGGAGCGUGGUGGCCACUGUCCAGGCCAUGGAGAGGAAGAUCGACUUGCUGGCCACGCGGCUGCUCAGCCUGGAGGGCCGGUCUGGGAACGCUGAGAAGAAACUCCUGGACUGCGAGAAGACGGCCAUGGAGUUUGGGAACCAGCUGGAGAGCAAGUGGGCUGUCCUGGGGACCCUGAUCCAGGAGUACGGGCUGCUCCAGAGGAGGCUGGAGAACAUGGAGAACCUCCUCAAGAACCGGAACUUUUGGGUCCUAAGAUUGCCACCAGGGUCCAAGGGGGAAAUCCCCAAGAUGCCAGUGACUUUUGUCGACAUCGCUGUAUAUUUCUCUGCUGAAGAAUGGAAGAACUUGGCCGAGUGGCAAAAAGACCUCUACAGUAACCUUGUAAAGGAGAACUACGAAUCUUUGCUCAGCCAAGGAGCAGACAUCAACGUUUCGAAGCCAGAGGCGCAGCCAAGGAUUGAACGGAGCACAGAGCCGUGCAUCCCGGAGCAGCCAAACUCCAAGGAGCGGGAGGUUGCCGCGCCGGAUCCUUGCACAGAACCCUUGAUGUCGACGCCUGACAUCUUGUCCCGGAUCAAGCAGGAAGAGCCCUUUGCUGGGGGAGGGCAGUUCCCCGAGGAGAGGGGCAUCCCGACAGACCCCUGCGCAGGUGCCGAGGCUCUUAUGUCAGCCCAUGACUUCUUGUCCUGGAUCAAGCAAGAGGAAGAGCCGUGUGUCCGGGGACACUGGGAGCCUGCAGAGAGAGAAAUGCUGACCGGCCCUGGCCCAGCCGGUGAUGGCAUGGCGGUCAAAGCAGAAGAACAGCGCCAGGGCCCAGAAGAACCAGCAAGGCCUGGGGAGCCUUUGUUCCAGGGGGAACCACCAGCAGCUGCUGCAGCAGUGGAAGCCUACGUGGGUCCAUGCGGCCCCAUCUCACAGCCCCUUAGCCCGGCCAGGAGCAGACCGGGUAAAUCUCUUGAAUUAGACAGCGAGUUGCAAAGCAUAUUUGCACCCCAAGGGCCAGCUGAGAGGCCACACGGCUGCAGCGAGUGUGGCAAGAUGUUUGGGGUGAAGAAGAGCCUCAAAGUCCACCAGAGGAGCCACCACGGCCAGGAACGUCCCUAUGAGUGCGCCGAGUGCCGCAAAAGCUUCAAUUGCCACUCGGGGCUGGUGCGGCACCAGAUGACCCACCGGGGCGAGCGUCCUUACAAGUGCGAGGAAUGCGGCAAGUGCUACAGCCGCAAGGAGCAUCUCCAGAACCACCAGCGCCUGCACACGGGGGAGCGGCCCUUCCAGUGCCCCGUCUGCGGCAAGCGCUUCAUCCGCAAACAGAACCUGCUCAAGCACCAGAGAAUCCACACGGGGGAGAGGCCCUACCAGUGUGCGGAGUGUGGGCGCAGCUUCCGCUACAAGGAGUCCCUCAAGGACCACCUGAGAACUCACAGCACGGAGGCUGGGCCCCCUUCCCAGCGUCUCCUUCCCUCCUUGGCUGGGGACCCGCUCCCUUAACACCACACAACGUAGGGAAAGGAACAGUUCUAGCUCUGCCAAGGGUUUCUCGUCUCCGUUCCCUCUGUUGCUCCCCCUCCGUGGCCAAGUCCAGAGCGCCAGACCUGCCCGAUGUGGGGGGGAAACCACUACAAAGACUGCUGGAUGUGGAAGGGGGUGUUUCAUGAGGCCGUGGCCUGAGUGGGAAGUCAAGGUGGGCACUGCAGAGGCAGUGAGGCCUGCCACACUGUACCAAAUACGUACCGCCUGGGGGAAUCAAGAGCGGAUUCUCCCCCCUCCACCACAGCCCCUAGCCAAACUAACCCACAAACCCGCUGGGGACUGGAGAGGUGGCAGUUCUCAUCUUUGUGCGCUGUAAUCGCCAGACUCGAGACGAACAUUUGAGAAUCUUACUUAAGAGCGUUUCUAGCCCUCGUGGAAGGGUUGAAAACGUGGCGGCUCAGAAACCAAAUUCCAAACCCACCCACUCCACAUUUGUAAUCCGUUCUCUUUCCUGACAGUUUCAAAAGGAUCGAUCACAAGUCUGGCAGGACAUACCUGGAUAGCUUUGGGGUGGGAUGGUUAAAAAUGGUUCUUCUUUUGCCUACCGCAUCCACGAGCAAGACCGUCUCCUGCCUGCCCCGGGUAAACCGUAUUGAGUUGCUCAGCUCACACACUCCAAGGGACUCCUUUCUGCCAUGGCCUUUGGCUUCCUCAUCCCGCUGUGCCUGCCUCCAUCCCUGGCCUCGAAACACUUUGGCUGCACGCACCUUCUGCUCUUCUCCUCCUCUGCGCCCCACCUCUUGCAUAUAUAUUUAUUCUUCUUUGCCCUGCCUUUCUCCCAUGCCACAGCGAUUAUUUUAAAAUUCUUUUUAAUCUCAUGAAGAUGCAGUCCAGCUCUGUUUAAGAAAAAAAAAAAGUAUUUCCAGGUGUAGUUUUGUAUCCAGGGUGCAAUGGAAAUAAAGA